CGGAAACAGGCAAGAGUAAAAAGAAGAAGAAUAGGCUCACCUUCCGCUGGCUAGCUAGCUACUACUGGGAAGUAGCGACAAAAUUUUGAGGACGUUGUCAUAAUGAGUUAUGCAGAGAAACCGGAGGAUGUUACUAGGGAAGAGUGGAUGGAUAAGCUCAACAAUGUUCAUAUUCAGAGAGCUGACAUGAACAGGCUUAUCAUGAACUACCUGGUUACAGAGGGUUUUAAGGAAGCAGCUGAGAAGUUCAAGAUGGAGUCUGGAAUAGAGCCCACUGUCGACUUGAACUCCUUAGAUGAAAGGAUUAAGAUCCGAGAGAUGAUAUUGAAGGGGCAGAUCCAGGAUGCCAUUGCAUUAAUCAACAGUCUGCACCCAGAACUGCUGGAUACAAACCGUUACCUCUACUUUCACCUACAGCAGCAGCAUCUUAUUGAGUUGAUUCGUUUGCGAGAGACCGAAGCUGCUCUUGAAUUUGCCCAAUCUCAGUUAGCAGAGCAGGGCGAGGAGAGUCGAGAAUGUCUCACUGAGAUGGAGAGGACCCUGGCCCUCUUGGCGUUUGACAAUCCAGAGGAGUCUCCCUUUGGAGAUCUGCUCAAUAUGAUGCAGAGGCAAAAGGUUUGGAGUGAAGUUAAUCAGUGUGUGCUUGACUAUGAAAACAGAGAGUCAACACCCAAACUGGCCAAGCUUCUGAAGCUUCUGCUGUGGGCUCAAAAUGAACUUGACCAAAAGAAAGUGAAGUAUCCCAAAAUGACCGAUCUCAGCAAGGGAACCAUUGAAGACCCAAAAUAAGGACUCGAAGUGGAAAAAGUGCAAACACAUCACAAAAUGGACACAUUUCCUUUUAUGUAUUUAUAACCCAACAAGCUGGCUCAUUUAGAGUACAACUUUUUUUUUUUUUUUUUUGGAAGGGUUUCUUUUUGAUACUUUAAUAACUCAAAAUGUGCAGAAAACUGGAUUCAUGGUGUUUGAACAUGACUUCUCACACUAAAAUAGCACACAGAUCAUUAUUUCACUUGCUAUUAUAAUUUACAUAUAUAUUUAUGUAAAGUCGGUAUGUUUCACUUACAUUAGUUUUUUCUGUCUGUUGGCAGGGAAAGUUGUUAGCAUAAGUGGAUCUGAAUAAAAUAAAGCCUAAAUUAGGCUGGUGUUUUCUGCGUGUGACCACUUUGAGGAGGCAGGGUUUUAUCAGGGAAAAUUGUUGGCUCAGUGUGCACUGCUUCAAAUUAACAUACAUAUUCUUUACAGAAAAUGUACACAUCUUAGCUGGUGGGCUUUCAGCUGGUUCUCUUAUGUGAUGGUGGUAUUCAAAAUAGGUGACUUGGGUGACUUUAAGCCGCAGUUUGUUUAAAAUUUAGAUUCAGCUUUAAAUUCCUGAUACAUUAUUGCUUUGAACAUUCCCCAAGAUGCUGAGAAAAGUGAGAAUAUAUUUAAAAUCUGACUGUUGUGGCUGUAUUUGAUGGGAGAAGAUGAGAUUACCGGAGUUCUGGAUAUUUUACAACAUACUGUGACUCUGUAAGCUUGAAGGCAAAUGAUUAAAGAUGUGAAUGGUUAAUUAUGCUUAGACAUUGAGACUCUAUUACAGAUGGGUUACUUACAAUUGUAGCUAUUUUGCAGCAUGUCUUUUCUUUUUUUUUUUUUUUUUGCUGGAAUAUUUUGCAGUAAAAUUUCAUUUUAAACUGAGCAUGUGGGUUAUUGAUUAUUGCAUUCAUUGUAUUGGAGUGUUUUUC